AAGACGAUUUCUUGUAACUGCUUUGUCAAUGUAGUAGACUAGUAGUAACCCCAUUAAUACUAGAAUACAAAUAUGUGUGUAUAAUUUCCGAAAAAAAACUACGUGUGUGUAUAUAUUUAGAUAUAUACUCCAGUUUAACCAAAGAAAACAUCAAUUGAACCAGUAGGCAGUAGUACUCAUCACCUACCUAGUACCCACCUGCACACAAAGAUGAUGAAGGCAGAGCUGGUUUUCGUGCCCGCCCCUGGUCGAGGUCACCUUGUAUCCACAGUUGAGUUUGCCAAAAGGCUACUAAAUCGAGACCAAAGGUUAUCAAUUACAGUCCUCGUCAUAAGACUACCAUUCGGCCCAGUUAUGGACUCAUCCAUCGGCGACUCCCAAAUCCGAUUUGUGUACCUUCCCCCAGUCCAACCACCUCCCUUAGAUCUAAUCUCUAAGUCACCGGAGAAGUAUUUUUCUGAUCUCAUAGAAAGCCAUAAACCCCACGUCAGAGCAGCAAUAACCGAUUGUGUAUUGUCCGCUGACCGUGCCGGUGUAAGCUCCAAUUCAGUCCGACUUGCCGGGAUAGUAGUCGACCUCUUCUGCAGUUCCAUGAUUGAUGUAGCCAACGAACUUGGCAUCCCUUCCUAUGUGUUCUUCACCUCUGGUGCAGCCUUUCUUGGCCUCAUGCUUCACCUCCCAACUCACCACAACCAAACUGGUGCUGAGUUCAAUGAAUCCGAUCCCGAUUCAAUCAUUCCGAGUUACGCCAACCCAGUACCUGCAACUGCCUUACCGUCUUUUGUUUUCAAUAAAGAUGGAUACACCUCGUUUUUGAAGCACGCCAUGAAAUUUAGUGAGACCAGAGGAAUCAUUGUGAACACAUUUGCCGAACUCGAACCUCACGCACUGAAUUCGUUGUUGGAUGGUCACGCGCCACCCAUUUACACUGCUGGACCGCUGCUUGACCUGGAGGGUCAGAAGAAUCUUCCCCGAUCCGAUCGUGACAGGAUCAUGAAUUGGCUUGACGGUCAGCCAUCCUUGUCGGUGGUGUUGCUGUGCUUCGGUAGCAUGGGCACUUUUGAUACAACCCAACUGACGGAGAUGGCGGUGGGACUGGAGCGGAGCGGCCACCGGUUCUUGUGGUCGAUUCGGCGGAGGCAGCCCACGAUGGCGGUCCCAGAAGACGUCGUUGAUUAUGAGGAGGUACUGCCGGCUGGAUUCUUGAAACGGGUGGACGGUAGAGGGAUGGUGUGCGGGUGGGUCCCGCAGGUGGAGGUGCUGGCCCACGAAGCAGUGGGAGGGUUCGUGUCUCACUGCGGCUGGAACUCAAUACUGGAGAGCUUAUGGUUUGGUGUGCCGGUGGUCACCUGGCCAAUUUAUGCAGAACAGCAAAUCAACGCAUUUGAGAUGGUGAGGGAGUUGGGAUUGGGUGUGGAGCUGAGAUUGGAUUACAGGAAACAAGCUCACGGUGAUGGGGGCGGUGACGUUGAUGUGGUGACGGCGGAGGAUAUAGAGAGAGCAGUGAGAUGUUUGAUGGACGGAGAUAAUCCUGUGAGGAAGAAGGUGGGAGAGAUGGCGGAGAAGAGCAGGAAGGCGGUGGCAGAUGGUGGAUCUUCCUUCACUUCUAUUGUACGUUUGGUUGAGGAUAUGUUGGGAAACAACCCAUGAAAGUACAGGGUUGAGGUUUAAGAAUGUGUUUUAAGUCCAUUGACAGCUUUAUGUGAGAGUUGUUAAAAGUGAACUCAUCAAUCUUGUUGAGAACAUUUUUAUGGUUGCAAACCAGCUCUUGCAUAUUAUAUUGAGCCCAUAAUGGCACUAUCAAUUCUGCAUAGAAAA